AACAGCUGCGCUCUGAAGCGUCAGAAGUUGUGGAAAAAGCUAGAAACGUGCUGCUGAAUUACUUGUGAGCUAUAGAUACGUGUAAAAGGGCAAAUUUCAUGGAAACUAUCACAUGUUGGAGGGUGAAAGCUAAAACUGCUACCUCACAUGACUGGCAAGAGCAUUUCAUGACAGACUGCAAGCAAGAACUGCUGUUUGUCGAGGAUGCCACCACUGAACCGAAAAAAACGUGAGCACUGGAAUUUGGCAUCGGUUGGAACAAUUCGGUUGCUUCACUGCUAAUAGCUUGCGACGCUUUUAACAGACAGAAAACAGUAACUAAACUUUACUGGUCGGUUGAUGCGAAACAGGUAUGUUUCAAAUAUCCGAAAACGACGAUAAGUUCCGUUUCAAAUGCGGAUGAUAUAAACUUCGAAUAUUCGCUCAGCUCUAAUUAUAAGGUAAAGUGGCCUUCCAAUGUUAAAGUGUGGCUACGAACGAAAAGUUUUUGAGUUCGGCCCCAGAAUUUGUACAACCGUGACGUGAGUUCCGGAACAAACUUCUUUCAGUGCCCAUGUCCAUUGUAAUCUAUGUGUUAGAACCCAUAGACCUAACAGGGUAAUGCAGUGCAAUUUUAUGCUUGGAGCUCGAACUGAUUUUUCGGGCUGUUACUGAGUAAGACUUGUGUGUUAACUGUCGGAAAAGUUAACGUAACGUACCUUUUGUAGUAGGUUGCCGAAGUCUAACUAAAAAAAACUGAUUUCCCUGGCAGGUAUCGGGAACCAGAACCUUGCUUUCACCGCGCAACUGUCAUAUCGAGAACCCUGACAAGUCCCUGGCCAAAGCACUCCUGGCGGCUUCGUCAAAUCCUUUUCAAGCCGCUUCCUACAGCAACUCAACAUGGCUACGAAAACGACAAGGAAUCUCAGAUAUAACUCCCAGUCAUACGCUAACAACGACGAGCUGCAGCGCAUCGUGAAUCUCAAGGCCCUGGACUUAAUCAACAUGAUGUUUCCGCCAGCUAACACCGAGAGCCAGCAAUUCUUGGACAUAGGCUGUGGUACCGGGGACUUCACCAGGGACUGGCUACUGCCGAGAUGUCCGCCCUGUCGAAGACUCGUCGCGGUAGACGCGUCGGAGGAGAUGCUUUCGUACGCUCGCGAAAACAGCGUGCACCCAAAUAUCCAGUACGAUUACCUCAACAUCGGCGAUGACGUCAGCGACUUCAUUGAAAAGUAUGGAAGAUUCGACCGCGUCUACUCUUUCUUUUGCCUCAACUGGCUCAAGGACCAGGUGGAGGCGACGAAGAACGUGUCUCGACUGUUGACGCCUUCCGGACAGUGUCUACUGCUAUUCCCUGCCUGGUCACCCACGAGGGCGUUGUGGAGGACGAUGGCAAAGCUCGAACGUUGGAAAAAGUUCUCGAACGUCUUCGAUGGGUUCAUGCCUAAGAGCCAAGACUUGGAGGACGACAAGGCCAGACUGUCCUACCUGCGUGGCAUACUUGACUCUGCUGACCUUACGGCAAACACGUGCGAGUUACUUUACCUGCAGCUCAAUUACGAAAAUCCCCAGGAGCUCAUCGACAUCCAGCUCUCCGUGAAUCCUGUGGUGGCCAGAUUGGCGCCUGACGAAAAAGAACUCCUCCGCAAGGACGUGACCAAUGAAGUUUUGAAAUGGACGAGCGACGACGUCUUCCCAGCGCGGCCCACUGUAUAUCUCGUGCACGCGAGAAAACGCCAGGAUUAAAUGGUCUACACAUUUUACAAAUUC